AUGUGGCGGACACAUCCCAUUCAUCCCAACCUGAAGACUCAUUCAAUUCAGUGCAACAGAAACGCUUCUGUCCCUAUUCCACAGGAAUUGUAUGAGCCAGGAGAUCUUAUCAUUGGAGGGAUUGCCUCUCAGGUCUUCUUCCAUCACAACCCUAUGCAUUUUAGGGAUCAGCCCUCUCAGAUGUUAAUCGAGGAGGCAAUUGUGGACACGAAGCACUAUCAGCACAUCCUUGCUUUGGUAUUUGCUGUGAAGGAAAUCAAUCACAAUCCCAGGAUCUUACCUAACAUCACUUUGGGGUUCCACCUCUAUGACAGCUACUACAGUGCACAUAUGACUUUUAAGGCUACACUAGCUCUGCUUUCCUCACAGCAUGAACACAUCCCCAACUACAAGUGUGAUGUUCAGAAUAAUUUGGCAGCUGUCAUUGGUGGACUUGGUUCUCAGACCUCCAUCCACAUGGCCACCAUCUUAAAGAUCUACAAGACUCCACAGCUUUCCUAUGGCUCUGUUCUCUCAGGAGGGAAUGAUAAACCGUUCUCUUCAUGGUACAAGAUGGUUCCCAAUGACAACCAUCAAUACAAAGGGAUUGUCCAGUUGCUUGUGCGUUUUAAAUGGAUAUGGGUUGGACUCUUUGUUGUUGAUGAUGACAAUGGGGAAAUGUUUUUGCAGUCUUUGAUUCCUUUGUUUUCCCAGAAUGGCAUUUGUUUCGCUUUCAUAAAUAGAAUCCAAAAAACGAAUUACAUUGAUGGAAUGAUAGCAAUAUUUUUAAGUAAGUGGGAUGCAUUUCAAUCUUUGAUGGAAAGCAAAGUCAAUGUGCUUGUUGUCAAUGGAGCACCUCCAUCAAUGGAAGAGUUAAGCUGGCAUCUUCAUUUUGUAGACCUAAAUGCACCCAUAGGGAAGGUGUGGAUAGUAACUGCACAUUGGGAUUUUGAAUCAAAAAACUAUCAAAGAGAAUGGGAUAUACAGCAUUUCCAUGGUGCUAUAUCCCUUACGAUUCAUUCAAAUCAGCCAAAAGGAUUCAGGACAUUUCUUCAAAGAGUUAAUCCUUUCUGGACAAAAACUGAUAGCUUCAUCACGGAAUUCUGGGAACAGGCAUUUGACUGUUUAUUGAAAGAAUCCAAUGGAAGGAAGAGUGAUGAGCCCAAGCCAACCUGCACAGCAGAGGAAAAGUUGGAAAACCUUCCAGGGCCACUCUUUGAAAUGAGCAUGACUGGCCACAGUUAUAAUAUCUACAAUGCUGUCUAUGCGAUAUCACAUGCUUUACACGCUAUAUUAGAAUCCAGUUCAAAACUCAGGCUGGAGCCUUGGAAUUUAAAAGCAUGGCAGCUGAACCAUUUUCUACGAACAAUCUCAUUCAACAACAGUGUAGGAGAUGCUGUGUGCUUUGAUGAAAAUGGAGAAUUGAUUGUAGGAUUGGAUGUUACAAACUGGGUCACUUUCCCAAAUAACUCUUUUGUUCGAGUGAAAGUUGGAAGUCUGGAUCCUCAUGCUCCCCCAGGCAAAGAGCUGAAAAUUCAGGAUGAGAACCUAGUGUGGCACAAAUGGUUUGCCCAGGUUCCGCCUGUUUCUGUUUGCAAUGACAACUGCCAUCCAGGUUACAGGAAGAAAAAGAAGGAAGGAGAGCCAUUUUGCUGCUAUGAUUGUGUUCCAUGUUCACAUGGGAAGAUUUCUGAUAAGAAAGACAUGGAUGACUGUAUCAAAUGCCCUGAAGACCAAUAUCCAAAUAAGGCCCAGAAUGAAUGCUCCUCCAAGAGUCUUAGUUUCCUGACUUAUGAAGAACCUUUGGGGAUCAUUGUAGUGUCAUUUAUUCUUUCUUUUUCUUUGACUACAGUGUUUGUAUUGAUCACUUUUAUAAAAAAUCAUGAUACUCCCAUAGUCAAAGCCAACAACCGGAGCCUCACCUACAUCCUCCUCAUCUCCCUCCUACUUUGCUUCCUCUGCUCCUUCCUAUUCAUUGGGCACCCUGGGAGGGUGACUUGCCUGCUCCGGCAAACUUCUUUCAGCAUGGUCUUCUCUGUGGCCCUUUCCAGUGUAUUGGCCAAAACAAUCACUGUAGUUCUGGCCUUCAUGGCAACCAAACCAGGAUCCAGAGUGAGAAGGUGGGUGGGGAAAAGAAUGGCAAACUCUAUUGUCCUUUCCUGCUCAUUUCUUCAAGCAGCUCUUUGUACAGUUUGGCUAAUUUCCUCUCCUCCAUUCCCAUACACAGACAUGAAGUCACUCGAUGAUAAAAUGAUUCUAGAAUGUAAUGAGGGCUCAUCUAUGAUGUUUUUCUGUGUUUUGGGAUAUAUGGGCUUCCUGGCCAUUGUCACCUUCACUGUGGCUUUCUUUGCCAGGAAGUUGCCAGAUAGUUUCAAUGAAGCCAAAUUUAUCACCUUCAGCAUGCUGGUCUUUUGUAGUGUUUGGGUACCAUUUAUUCCCACCUACUAUAGCAUUAAAGGGAAGUCCAUGGUAGCAGUGGAGAUCUUCUCCAUCUUGGCCUCCAGUGCUGGUUUACUGGGUUGCAUAUUUUCCCCUAAAUGCUACAUGAUUGUGAUGAGGCCUGAGCUGAACGACAGGCAUCAUUUAAUACCAAGGAAGUACCAAUGA